CUUCCUGCCUACCCGGCGCCGAGCGCUCCGCCCUCAAACCCUAGCGAGCGAGAGGCCCCCGCCCCCCACCGCCACCCAUGGAGAGCCCCCUCCGCCGCCUCGCACUGCUGCUCGGCCUCCUCGCCGUGGCCGCGGCGGCCGCCACGAGGGCCGGGGCGCAGCCGGCGUGCGAGCCCUCCAACCUCGCCACCCAGAUCACGCUCUUCUGCAUGCCCGACAUGCCCACGGCGCCCUGCUGCGAGCCGGUCGUCGCCUCCGUCGACCUCGGCGGCGGCGUCCCCUGCCUCUGCCGCGUCGCCGCCCAGCCGCAGCUCGUCCUCGCCCGCCUCAACGCCUCCCACCUCCUCGCGCUCUACACCGCCUGCGGGGGGCUGCGCACCGGAGGCGCCCACCUCGCCGCCGCCUGCCAAGGUCCGUCGCCCCCUGCCACCGUCCCCGUCAUCGCCCCGCCGCCCCCCGCGCCUCGCCACAAGCUGCCAGCACGCGGCGAGGCCCUUCCCCCACCGCCGACGAGCGAGAAGCCGUCGCCGCCUCCCCAGCAGCAGCCCGGUGGAACCGCCACCCACAGCAAGGCCAUCCCCGCCAGCCCGGCCGCCGCAUCCUCGCCGCUGGCGCCGGCCGCCGCGCCCACCCCGCCGACCUCCGGCUCCGACAAGAGGCGCCGCCCCUCCACCUCCGAUGUGGAGCCGUCUCUGCAGGAUACGGAGUCUGGCGACGCCCACCUUGACAGGGAGCCCCUGCUUGAUGAGGAGUCCGACGAAGAGCACGCGCCAACCUUCCCAGUUCUAAGCAAGAAGGUAAAGCUCUAA